AUGCCAGCCACGGGCGAUCGCCGUGAAAUUGUCGUUGUUGGCGGUGGCAUCAUUGGCUGCUGCACAGCGUAUUUCCUCACGAGGCAUCCUUCCUACGAUCCAGCACAUCACAAAGUAACGCUCCUCGAGGCCUCCGACAUUGCAGGCGGGGCAUCGGGUAAAGCGGGCGGACUUCUCGCGCAAUGGGCUUACCCGAGCAACAUCGUCGAUCUUAGCUUCACGCUUCACGCACAACUUGCAAAGGAGCAUGAUGGGAAGAACAAAUGGGGGUAUCGGGAGACCAAUUGCGGUCAGCUCGUUGUCAAGGGUCGCGCUAUGACUGAGAAGAGUCAGAAGAAAAAAGGCGAGUCCCUACAGAAGCGCAGUACGGCCGCAGUCUCCAAGCUCAAAUCGGCCAAGAUCCCAAAUGAUCUUGAUUGGAUUGAGCCAGACCUUCUGCGUGCCUAUGAGAGCAUGAGCGGGCCCGGAGAGACGGCUCAGGUGCACCCAUACCUAUUCACUACCUCCAUGGCAAAAUUGGCGGAAGAAAAGGGCGCAGAGAUUAUCCUGGGACAGGUCACCGAUAUUGCUCGUCCAGGCGACACUGUCGAGUCCGUUACUUAUACUGAUAAGACAUCUGGAGAGUCACGCACUAUCCCUGCCACCGAUGUGAUAGUCGCCGCUGGCCCAUGGACCCGUUCUGUCCUUCCAGAAGCCCCCAUUGCGGCAAUGCGUGCGCACAGCGUUGUUAUCGAACCGGCAAGGCCCGUCAGCGCAUAUGCUCUCUUUACAAACAUUGAGAUCCCAGCCAACUUUAACCCUGCAAAGAAAUCACGACCAACAGUGGCAGCACCAGAGAUCUACACUCGUCCCGACGACACCGUCUAUGCCUGUGGCGACGGAGACAAGACUGUACCAUUGCCGAAGGCAUCUGCAGAAGUCGAGGUAGACCCCGAGCGCUGCCAGGAGAUCAUUGAUCAAGUUGGUAGCAUCUCGGAUGCGCUGCGCGAUGGCAAGAUUCGGACAAGACAGGCUUGCUACUUGCCUAAUUGUGAAAAUGGCGGAGGUCCCUUGGUGGGCUUGACCCAUACCAAGGGUCUUUAUCUCGCUGCUGGUCAUACUUGCUGGGGUAUCCAGAAUGGCCCUGGUACUGGAAAGCUCAUGAGCGAAUUCGUGUUUGACGGAGAGGCCAAGAGUGCAAAGAUCGCGUCUUUGGAUCCUCGUAACCAGCUUUGA